AUGGGGCUUGCUGCAAAAUACUAUCUCGCUCUCCUGUUUCCUCUCUUCUCAGUCUUUGCUAGCUUCGCCAUAUUCACCUUCUCCAAGGAAAAUGGCGUAUUGGACCUGCUAGAAGGAUUUGGCAAACAGAAAACCUUGCCUUCAGCCAGCGGCAGCGAGGCUCUGAAGACCAGCUACACAGGGAUCGAAGCCAUCGAUGAGAUUCUGACCGUCUUAACCCUGUUCUUUGCCCCCGUUGUCGAUGGAAGCAAUGCUUCUCUGGCGCUGCAUUCAUUUGCUUUCAGCGGCGCCUUCGGCUCAGCCUGGAUCUUGGCUGUACUAGAGUCUUGGAGAGCUGGAAGUUCCAGGAAGUUUGUCUCGUUCCCUUCAAUAUUCGGCAUUGUCGCUCAAGUUAUGACCUAUGCCGUGUCUGCUCCUCUCUUCCUGGGCCUGCAGCUACUAUUUUCCGAUGUGUCGUUGCAGCCAACUGCCCGCAACAUCGCCAUUCCCACCGCAGUCGUAAAAGCCAUCCCCGCAGUCUUCAUAGUGGCCUACAUUCUACCUACAUAUUCCAUGUUGCUACCAGCUCCAGGAAUUGUUACUUUCGAGCAGAAACAGACCCUAAUUGCCCUCUGGCAACUUUGGCCCGCAUAUGUGUCUUUCUUGCUGACGCUUGUCUCGAUCUUAUUCUCCUCUACUAGCUCAGCUACACCCUCUCAACUGCGCAAAUCCCUUCGAGCUACCUACACAUUUGCCCUAUCUUAUGCAGCUAUCAGCCAUGUCGCCGCCUGGUCAAUUUCGCUUGCAACCAUUGCAACCCCCAUGAUUUUCAGCACCGAGUACCUGCAUUCUCUGCACCCGAGCCAGGUAUUCGGACUUCGCAAUCCAUUUACAUCUGCCGAUUUCAAGGUUGAUUCUGCGAGUGAGGGUGUUCAUAUUUUCCUGCAAUGGGAUAAUAUCAUUGGAUCUCUGGCGGUGCUUUUGUGGGCUGUGAUUGCGAAUGUCUCGGCGCAUCGCAAGACUGAGGGACAGGUCGGAUGGUUGUGUUUACUGUUCCAGAUUUCUACUUCGUUGGCCUUGACAGGCCCCAUUGGAACUGCUGUCCGCUUGGUGUGGGAAAGAGAUGAGUUGGUGUUUGAGGAGGAGGAUUUGAAGAAUGCUGCUAGAAAGGGUGUCUAG